GCCUUCGAUCACACGGAAAUAUCUCUCUUUACUAAAGCCCACAAGAUCCUCCGAAGCCCAAAAAGUAGAGCUCAAGCUUCCCGAGUCUAAAGUUUAAAAAUCCAUCGCCACUUCCUCCAUUCCCGUUCUCUCACACUUACUCCCUGCCACCCAAAAUGGCGUCCCAUCUCGGCGUCAAUCCACGCCCCACAACACACGCCGCGGACCUCCUCCUCUCACGCAAGCUCAACCACAUACACCAAUUCGUUCGAGUGCUAGUACCAGAGAAAGCGGUACCGGCCGGGCGAGCAAGGAGCAGAGGGCUGUUGAGAGCUAGAGUUUCGGAUGGCGGGGACUCGUCGUCGUACCUCGACAUGUGGAGGAGUGCGCAGGAUAGAGAGAGGAAGGCGAUCGAGUUUCAGCAGAUCGCCGCUAACUCCGCCGGAACCGAAGAUCGGAGCGUCGAAGACGUGAAGAAGAAGAGCGAGGAGUUUGAGAAGAUUCUGGAGGUCCCGAGCGAGGAGCGGGAUCGGGUCCAGCGAAUGCAGGUCGUCGAUCGCGCCGCCGCCGCCAUAGCAGCCGCCCGCGCGAUUCUGGACGAGGACGGGCCGAGGUCGGAGGUCGCGGGUUCCGGCGGGUCCGGGUCUUCGGGCUCUGGAGAUUCGAAGAGUGCUAAUCAAGAAGGUACUCGGAAGCAAAGCAUCUUCGUCCCUCGGUCGGAGAAUUCUGGAAGUGAAACUCCAGGUCCAGAUUUUUGGUCCUGGACACCCCCUGUGGAUAGCAAAAAUUCGGAUGGUGUCAAUAACACGCAGCUAGCUGGAAGGUCUUCGGUGUUUCCUACUCCAACCAAUCCAGUUCUUGAGCAAGAACGGCCCGUGGGUUUUAUCUCACUUCCAUUUGAGAGUAAAUUCUCUGAAAGCAACAACAAGCCUCCUCUUCCACCCCUUCAGUCAUUGAUUGCGGUUGAGAAAGUGGAAACCUCUGAUUCCAGUUUGGAGACACCUUUCUUAAAAGAGGAACAUGAAUUUGGUGUUCAAUUUUCAGCACAUGCGGCACAAGCGGCUCAUGCUCUUCAUAAGGUGGAUGAGCCAUUGCCCCAUGGAGUGAAUCCUGAUGGAUCAAGGUGGUGGAAGGAGACUGGAGUUGAGCGUAGACCUGAUGGUGUGAUUUGCAGGUGGACAAUGAAAAGAGGUGUUAGUGCUGAUCAAGUUGUUGAGUGGCAAGACAAGUUCUGGGAGGCUUCUGACGAGUUUGGCCACAAGGAACUUGGUUCAGAAAAAUCGGGACGUGAUGCAACUGGCAAUGUUUGGCGUGAAUAUUGGACAGAGUCAAUGUGGGAGGAUUGUGGGCUUGCUCAUCUUGAGAAAACUGCAGACAAGUGGGGAAAGAAUGGACAAGGUGAUGAGUGGCAAGAGAAAUGGUGGGAACAUUACAGUGCCUCUGGCCAAGCUGAAAAAUGGGCUCACAAGUGGUGCAGCAUUGAUCCCAACACACCCCUGGAGGCUGGUCAUGCCCAUAUUUGGCAUGAAAGGUGGGGUGAGAAUUACGAUGGACAUGGCGGCAGCACGAAAUACACUGACAAAUGGGCUGAACGGUGUGAGGGUGAUGGUUGGGCAAAGUGGGGUGACAAAUGGGAUGAGAACUUUGAUCCCAACGGUCAUGGUGUGAAGCAGGGAGAGAGUUGGUGGCAAGGUAAGUAUGGCGAGAGGUGGAAUCGAACAUGGGGUGAGGGCCACAACGGCUCAGGAUGGGUACACAAAUAUGGAAAGAGCAGCAGCGGAGAGCACUGGGACACACACGUGCAACAAGAUACAUGGUAUGAACGAUUCCCUCACUUUGGCUUUUAUCACUGCUUUGAAAACUCAGUCCAGCUGCGGGAAGUUCAGAAGCCAUCUGAGAUCAAUGAACAAUUAUAAGUUCAUUGUUCCUUACGUAGAGAAAUAUUGUUCGACAUAAAUGACUCUAGACACUUUUGGUCAUUAGUUGCAUUAACUUCCUUUUCCUUGUGUUUGUGUGUAUUCUCGUUCAAACAUAUCAAUAAUAGAGUUUGAAGAAUUCCUUUUA